AUGCUGGCGGUGGACCAGGAGCACACCUGUGAGGUCACGCUGCAGGAGGGAGAGGACCUGUGGACGCUCUGCCAGAAGUUCCAUCUCGACCUCGACCUGGUGAUCGAGCUGAACCCAGAGUAUGGAGAGCCGGGCCAGGCCCUGCGCGGAGCCAAAGUGCACGUGCCCUGCAGAGCCGAUGGCACCCCCGCGCCACAGCAGCAGAGCGUGCAGCAAGAGCCGCCAGGGUCGUCAAUUCCCUGCGAGUACCAGGUGACCAAGGGCGACACGCUGCCUGCAGUGGCCACCCGCUUCCGGGUGCCCUUCAGCCUCAUGCUGUUCCUGAAUCGGCAGUACGAGGGAAACUACGACGAGAUCUACCCCGGCGAGACGCUGCUGCUGCCUUGCCGAGAUUACCAUUGGGGCGGGCCCGACGAGGGGUGGCACACACAGUAA